AAAUACUUUCGAAGUUUACAUGAGCUAUCAUCUUGUUAAAAUGAAAAGUAACAACAAACCCUGUCUGUAAAGCGUGAGUAUAACUGUUGCUCACCACCAUUCUCUCAACUGUUCUCUCUCGAGUUCCUUUUCAUUUCAAAUAAAAACCUCGCUGAUUUUUCCACUGAUUCAUCGCAAAUAACAGCUCAAUCGCAACUAAUCAGGUAUUAGAAUGUCUAAUUUAGAGAAUGAGAUAUUGAUUCCACCUGAGACUAAGAAAGUUAAACUCAGCAACAGUGAACUUAUAGACAUGCUCAGCGAUUUACCAGAUUGCGUUAUUCUUCACAUACUUUCGUUUUUGAACACCAAAGACGCGGUUCGAACAUGUGUUCUAUCGGUACGAUGGAAGGAUAUGUGGAAACGAGUUCCUGCUCUUAUACUCGAUAAAUCAGACUUUGGAACUAUCAAGAUAUUUGCCAAGUUUGUGUCUGAGGUUUUGUCUCUUCGUGAUUCCUCCAUCGCGCUGCAGUCUAUCGAUUUCGACGAUAAUUGUUGCUUGGAGCCGAGGUUUAUCAAGAGGGUUGUGAAUUAUGCUAUUUCGAACAAUGUACAGCGAUUAGGACUCUCUGCGCGCUGUAACAUUGAACAAAUUCCGCCUAACUUCUUUUCAUGUCACACUUUAACAUAUCUUAAGCUUUCUCUUUACCCGAAAAGUGGGGAUGAUAACAAAACAUUGUUUCCAAAAUCUUUCAAUUUGCCCUCGUUGACCAGCUUGUGUCUGGGGAAUUUUGCCUUUUGUGCGGGUGAUGAUGGACGUAUCGAGCCAUUUUCAGCUUUUAACCGGUUGAAUAGUUUGGUCCUUCAAGGUUUUGCUGUCAGGGGUGCACUGACCCUCUGCAUUUCAAGUGCGACGCUUGUCAAUUUGACUUUGAAUAAUCACUCUUUUGAUUUUUUUGAAAUUGAGAUUUGUACUCCAAGUGUUUGUUCCUUUGCUUUUAUCGGUAGACCAUAUCAGAAAAUCUUUGGGAGGGGUCUUUCUUAUGUUAAGCAUGUAGAUAUUCAUGCAGAAGUUUCGUCAUUGGAUAUAGAGCCUCCUUUGUUACUACUAAGCUGGCUGUUAGAUCUCGAUAAUACAAAAUCAUUGACAGUCACUGCAAGUACUCUUCAGGUUCUCUUCUUAAAUUCUAAUUUAUUGAAGACCGAGUUCUUUUCCUUGGGUAACUUGAAGUUAUUGAAAGUAAAAAUAAAACCACUUAUGUAUGGAUUUCGCCAGAGACUGAUUGAAGCCAAGUUACAGAAAAUUAGGCCACGGAAAGAAGCUGCUAAGUUACGAAAAUCAAUUAAAGCAGGAUUGGAACCAUUUGCACCCAUUCCUGAUGGAAUAGUGAACUUCUUGACUCAAAAUUCGCCAUCGGCUGAAGUUGAAAUCAUUGAUUGUUCAUGGCGGUAAGGCGCAUAAUUACAUUAGCCGAGUAGUGAAAGGUGACAUACUUGUUUCAACUUGUUAGUUAUCGAAGACAAUGUUCAUCAGCAGAACUAGAUGGAUGAAUAUAUUACACGUAUGUAGGUUGCAUAAAUUUGUUUCAGAAUAGGUUAUUGUGGAAUACUCAUUUGCGGGCACUACUUUUGUACGAAACAAUUCCAGUGGACAAGGUUGUAAUGGUAUUCUGGACAUAUAGAUUUGACUAGAGCUAGAGCAAUGUCAAACUGUUUUUGCAGCCAGCUAGUUUUUCAAAACACCUACAUAUGUAAGGGAGAGUUGCAUUUUCAUUUGCAUCUUGCUUAGUUUAAUCAUUUAAAACAUUCUUGACUCGAUGAAGCUACACAUAAUCAUCUGAAGCUGGCUAGUAUCUAAGCUGAAAGGUAACAUUGUUUUUGCUAGUCUUUGAUGAUCUAGUGUUCUUUUUCAUUACAUGAUUAUGUUUGAGCUGAUCCAUGUUAUGUAGACUUAACAAAGGUUUCACCUCUUUUGUUGUAUUUCUUUGAUGUUUUUUCUAUUAUUAUGAAAGCUUAGUUGUAUUA